ACACGUCGCUGGGCUACUCGCCACGAUUCCCCAAAGUUUUUCUAUUUCUGGCCAUUUUUUAAAAAAUUUAAUAACCGUGUAAUUGUAGCUCUUUAAUAAUUUUUUCGGAUUUCGAUUUAAAUUCGAGAAUUAAUUGGAGUUCGCUUUGGUUUUGGCAACUUUGCUUUCGCUUCUUCCUCCGGCCGCCCUACGAUGCUUAUUUGAGCUCCGAUCCUUUUCCUUUUGGAUUCGAUUGCUUUCGCUCCUCGAUCGCUGGGUUCCUGCUCGAUCCUGCCGUGAAAGGGUGAUUGGGGGGCGGAUCGGAGACGACAAAUGCCGGAGGAGGAUCUGGUCGAGCUCAAGUUCCGGCUUUAUGAUGGCUCGGACAUCGGUCCGAUCCGCUACGCUGCUUCUUCGACUGUUGCGAUGCUCAAGGAAAGGAUAAUCUCCGAGUGGCCGCGCGAUAAGAAGAUCAUACCAAGGGUUGCAACUGAUGUGAAGCUGAUAUGUGGCGGCAAGAUGUUGGAGAACAACAAAACAGUUGCUCAGUGCAGAUCACCUUUUGAUGAAAUUUCUGGUGGGUUUAUCACCAUGCAUGUUGUUGUCCAACCAUCGUCAAGUAAAGUUAAAACAAGUCUCUUAAUUGGUCGAACUGCAUGUGGACCUAACAUUAUCUCAGCUAAGUCUAUCGGCCACACCAACAUGAACUUACCCAAAUUGAAGAAGUAUCCAGUUUUUAUUUUUUCAGAGAAAGAAACAUCUGGUUCCUUUUUUGGUCCAAGUGGUCUGGUCUGUUUUUUGCUAUUAUGCUGCAAAAGGUUGGAACCGCCAACCCAGCGGCCCCCUCAACCCGGCCCCACAAGUAUGAGAGGGAGUAAAUCACGGUGAAUACGGGCCCAGCUAUGACAUGGUGGUCUCAGGUGUUUAGCACGGACAGAUAUUGAUGUUAUCGCAUUUGCUGCCGCAGACCCUCGACCUCUCGACUCAUGCUGCAAGAAUCCAUGUCAUAACCAGUUGAUCCCGCCCGUGGGGGCCUGUUUUUUGCUAUUAUGCAUUCUCUUUGUCAAACUGCCAUGUCAGUACUAAGUACUGUAGGUUUUUUUUAUAUUAUUAUUUUGUGAAUGAUAUAUGCUACUGCAUUUUUCCCCCUUCAAAUGCGCACUU